AUGCCAACCAUGCCAGCAUUAAGGCUCCAUCCCAAACCCCAAGCCCAAACCCCCCAGGGAUCUCCAAGAUACCUGAUCCCCAAGCUAACCCAACCCAAAUCCCCACUCCCCAAAUCCCCACCUCCGUCAACAAAAACUAACCCAAAACCCCCGGCCCCUCCUCCUCAGCAGAGCUGCAGCUGCGACGCCCCCAAAAUGUCCACCUCAACCCCCUCCGGCAGCACCAGCACCCCCAGCAGCACCCCCAGCAGCGCCGCCGCCGCCAGCAUGCAGCGCCCGGUGCUGGCCUGCUACCCGGAGUGGCGACCCUUCCUGGACGCCUGGCCCGGCAAGACCAUCAUCCGGCUGAUCGUGCUCCGCGCCCCGGCCACCGCGCCCACCACGCUGCAUUCCGAGGAGGGCUGA